UAAACCCCACCCCUUCGAAGAAGUCGCAUAGUAGAGAAAUGCCGAAGCUAAAAGGCAGGGAACUGAGGUGUUUCUUCGACCUGACUAUAGAAGACGAGCCUUUUGGGCGGCUAGUCGUCAGGCUUCGACCUGACGUUGUCCCUAAAACAUCAGAGAAUUUCCGUGCCCUGUGUACUGGGGAGAAAGGAUAUGGCUUCAAAGGUACCAAGUUUUUCCGAAUUGUGAAGGACUACCUAUGUCAGGCUGGUGACUUUGCUGGUAAACACUUGGGAACAGGCGGGUUCUCCAUCUACAAGGGAGAUGACGCCAGAUUUGAAGACGAAAACUUUACUCUAAAGCACAGUGGACCAGGAGUGUUGAGUAUGGCCAAUCGAGGGCCCGACACCAACGGAGGCCAGUUUUUUAUCACAUUCCGCAAGCUGGAGGAACUGGAUGGUAAGAACGUGGUGUUUGGUUCAGUAGUGGAAGGAAUGGAGUUAAUACGACAGAUGGAAGAGUUAGGAUCUGAGUAUGGCGGAAAACCAGACAAGUAUGUGGUAAUUGCAGACUGCGGUGAGAUUACAGACUGACCCCCCCCCCUUCAUUUCACUUGUUAUCUUCGCAUACAAUGUUGUCUGUCACUCGUGCUUUUGCUGCAAUUGUGUGUUUUUAAAGACGUACAUAAUUGUUAUUAUAAUAAUUAUAGAAGAUGAAAGAGAGAUUAUUCUUGUGUGAUUGGUGUUCAGUAACUUGGUAUAAUAGCAGAGUGUUCUGUGAGUUGGUCAUAACAAUGUUGCAGUUAAGAUAGAGUGCUGUGUAAUAAUAGUGGAUUGUCUCAAACGUCAGUCUUUGGAUACCAGGUGAUGCUGUCCGCUCUGUCCUCUACACACGGAGUCACACAGUUUAUGACAAUGGCCACGAGAGAAACCAAGAGUCCCAUGAUACUCAGGGACAUGAGCGACACCAGGUGUUUCCAGUAGGACUCCAGGUCUUCGCAGGAAGGGACCAGGCGGUCCAGAGGCUCCAUGGAGGAACGGAAGCUCUCGGAGUAGAGAGGAGAUCCGUCGGCAAAAAUGCAGUCCCCUUCACUUCCACCACU